CUUGCAAUUUUUUCAUAUCUGUGGCGAUCCGACAAAUGUUCUUCUCUGAAUUGUUAUUUAUUUAUUAUAAAUUUAAUUUAUAUUUAAAGUUUUGAAUAAAUAAACAUGAGUGGAAAUAUUUUAAUCAACGAAAUAUUCGGUCAGUUUCAAAAAAGUCUUGACCAAGAAGCUGAAUUGCGAGAGUCAAUCAGAAACAUUUCCAAGGAGGUGGACCAGUUGUCCCGUGAAAUAUUGACCGUCCUACAAGUUAUACAUCAUGAUGAAAGUGGCAUAAAUCCAGCAUGCCUGAAAGCCCGCGAGUUGUUCGAGAGAGCCCGCAUUGGCUACGGCAGACUGAAGGAAGCGGUGCCCUCUACCGAUUAUUACAAGUACCACGACCACUGGCGCAUGAUGACGCAGCGCUACGCUUUCCUGAUCUCGCUCACCAUAUGGCUGGAGGCGGGCAUACUGGCCGCGCACGACACCGUCGCCGACGUGCUGGGCAUAAGCGCGGUAGAGCAGCAGGAAGGGUUUCACCUCGACAUAGAGGACUAUUUAGUUGGUCUGCUCAUGCUGUGCUCUGAACUGUCACGACUGGCGGUGAACUCUGUAACGCGGGGCGAUUAUAGUAGGCCGCUGCAAAUAUCCAAGUUUGUGAUGGAACUCAACGCUGGCUUUAGGUUAUUAAGUUUGAAGAAUGAUCACCUUCGCAAACGCUUCGACGCGCUCAAAUACGAUGUGAAGAAGAUCGAGGAGGUGGUAUACGACCUCAGCAUCCGAGGGUUGCUGCCCAAGACCGAGCCGGGCACCUUGUAGUCUGGAUCUCAUCACCUCAUCACCGGCUCCUGCAUUGAGACUUGAAAAUUACGUACAGAGUGUGUCGUGUCAACAGAUUUUGAUUUUGUAGAAAUACCGACUUCAAAAAGUAGGAGGUUCUCGUUUCGGUUGUAUUUUUUUUUAUGUUUGUUACCUCAUAACUCGGUUAUUUACAAUCUUAUUAGGAAUUUUUUUUAUCUGACAGGAUAUACAUACAGAUAAUCUAAUAUAUAAAGUUCUCGUGUCGCGGUGUUUGUUACCAAACUCUUCCGAAACGGUUUUACCGAUUUUUUGAAAUAUGCACCCGAUAUGCACACAAAUAUCGGGUAGGUCUGAGAAUCGGCUAACAUCUAUUUUUCAUACCCCUCAAUGAUGGGUGACCCACCUCUAAAUAUUUUAUUUUUAUUAUAUUAUGACUUAGCAUUGAAAAGUACAUACAAAUUCAAAUUUUCACGCUUUUACGAUCAACCUCUGUUUUUUAAUAGCGAUUUUUAUAUGCCGCAAUAGGAUUGCAAGAUAGCAAUCGAAUGUAAUAAUUGUAGUACGAUAAAUUUUCAUAUAUAGUUCUCGAAAUAAUGUAUAUGGUAAAACAACGUUUGCCGAGUCAGCUAGUAUACUAAUUGUGAAAUUAAAAUAAUUGGUUUUAUCCCAGUUAAAGUUAGUUUUUUUUUAUUAUUAUGGCUCAUAUACCAUAUGGAAUGGUAUUUAAUUUUAAAUUUAGUAAACUAUCAUGAUGAAUUCAACAAUAAUAUAAUCACGGUAGUUUCCAGGGAGAACCGCGUGGAGGUCGACCUGAUAAGGUAUAUUGCUAGCAAUGGAACUGAUAAUCCGCAUUACUAACAAUCCUCCCCCCCUGCAAUGAGCGGUUAUAAAUGUCUAGAACUCGAUAUAUAGAUAUCGAAUAUCACUCAUUUCUAAUUACAAAAAGUAUCUGUUGACAUGCACACGUGUACUUAAAAAAACUAUUUUGUCAAAACAUCCAAUUACAUUGGAAUUUAAUUCCAGUAUUGUUGGGGUGUUUUUGUAACCUAUUGUAUAAGUCUGAAAUGAUGUAGAGACCUAGAAAUAAGUAUAAUUUAUAAUAAGUCUUAAUUAUAAGUUUAAUGGUGA